CUAAAUCGGGCAAUUUAGAGUGUCGUUUUCGAGUGGUAGUGUGGGGCACAUUGGUAGAUGGCAAGGGAGAGUGGAGAAUUUUUGGUGUUGCGGAAAAAUACAAUCCUGGGAAGUCGAGGGGAUUUCACAGUCAUGAAUUGGAGAUUUAUUCUGAAGGGAGCAAGCAAAGAAAUUCUCUUUCGAAUGCAGAAAAAGUAGAGUUGAAAGAGAUGGAGACAACACAUACAGAGGCGAAAGGCAUGAGGAGUUUUGUCAAUAGGAAGUAUGAUGCUCAUCACCAUAUGAAGCAAAUUUACAACGAGACAUCAAAGAUUAGGCUUGAGAGAUUGGGUGGGAUAAAACCGAUGAGGUGGACAUUGAUAGAAGCUCAACAUCUUGGCUACUUCGUUGAGUGUGAGUAUGAUGAUGAGCGUCAUGCUAAUAGACUCUUCUUUUGCCAUCCGGAGUUGAUUCGAAUGUUGAGUGCAUGGUAUUUUGUUAUCUUGAUAGACUCGACAUACAAGACCAACAAGUAUAAGCAACCACUGGUUCAGUUGAUUGGUGUUACUCCGGUGAAGAAGAACUUCAACAUUGGGUUGCGUUGGUCUCAGACGAAAAGAAGGAGACAUAUGCUUGGGUUUUGAGGCAAUUGAAGAUUGUGCUUGGUGGUCGAAUACCGGAUGCUUUCCUCACCAAUAAGGAGGGAGGGAUGGGUGUCUCCCAUCAUCGGCACAUUUAUUAUGCAUUUGGCAUAUGAAGAGGAACAUUGAAGCCAAAAUGAUGUCUAUGAGGAUGAGUAGAGAAACCGCCGAGGCAUUUGUAAAAGGUCCAGGAGGGGGGGUCUUUAAUGCCAAUACAGAGGCAGGGUUCGAACGACGUUGGCUAGAAUUUCAAAAUGGUCACUGGGGUACAAUUCCAGAGUUGAUGAGCUACUUGAGAGGUGCAUGGAAACCAUGUGCUCAAAGGUGGGCUCAUUGCUAUACAGAUCGUGUUUUCCAUAUUGGUAACACGAGCACAAAUAGGGUGGAGGCAGCUCAUUCCUCCUCGAAGAAAUGGCUUGCCACUUC